UUUCGCGCGAAAUUUACAAUUGCACUUUAGUAAGCUAACCCGGCCGUAUUGGCAUGUGUUGCAAUGUUAAGAUUUUAUCAUUGAUGUAUAAACUAUCACACUGUGUGGUCGGUAGUAGUGGGUUUCAGUAGGCCUUUAAGGGGAAAAAGUACAAAUCUGCUAGGUGAGUUUUUUAACGCUGAUGCUUUGAGGACUGAGGAGAGCCAGCGACAUACUAGCAGACAACUUUGGAUGUUUCGGCAAAAAAUCAAGUCCUCAAAACUGAGAUACUGUGUGAAUUCACACUACUCAUUUAAGUAAUCCAAAAAGGGAGCUGCUCCUGGACAGCCAGAUUGCAGCGAAUGGUAACUGUGGUAAGCUUGCUAUGCAUUUUAGAAGACUACCCUAUUUUCCGGGCUAUAGAGCGCAGCGGUAUUUAGGUCGCACCCACCAAAUUUUUACGGAAAUAGAAAUGUUUAUAUUUAUUAGCUGAACUGGACCAUAAGUCACAGAUACAUACCGGUACAAAAGAUUUUGUAAAUGUUUAUUUACAUAACUUAACUGUUUCCAAACAGCAGUAAAACAGCUGAUUAAACAAAACAGAAGUCGACAGCAGGGAUUCAAUAGCUGCGGAAGCUAGCUGUCCAAUCAGCUAAAAAAACUUGAUAACUCCACGGUGACAUUUUAGUGAAUUUGUAAAACUGAAACAGUACAAAAAGAAUGCCAUUGUAAGUUAUUAAUACGAACACAGACACUUGUAAACAUGUUAGCCUAUUUUCUAAUACUAACGCUGCUAGCUUGAUUUCAUUAUGACAGCAUGUGUGACUAUGCAUGAAAACACUCCAAAAGACAUCACAAAUGGGACGGUUUAGUAAGUAAGCAUUGUUUUAGUUAUACUGUUAAACUUACAAAUGUUGCUUGGACUGAUGAAUGAAGAAUCUUUUUGAGGAGAAACGCUAUGGACAAAUAUACUUCCAGGACGAAACAGGAAACACAUUGAUUCUUUAUUCUCGUACCAGGACACAUAACAUGGCAUGGUAUUUAGUACCCAAGAUCCCAGAUUUAGCCCAAUGAGUACCACAAGAACAAAAGCAUAUACCGUAUAUUCCGGAGUAUAAGUCGCACCGGAGUAUAAGUCGCACCUGCCGAAAAUGCAUAAUAAAGAAGGAAAAAAACAAAUAUAAGUCGCACUGGCCAAACUAUGAAAAAAAACUGCGACUUAUAGUCCGAAAAAUACGGUACAUAAUAUUGUAGUAUUAGUGUUACAAUAAUUAUUUUCUGGUUGUUCCAGUUCAAAAAAAAAAUAUUUUGUUCAUGGAAAUUCAGUAAGGUUUUGGAUAAGUCAUGGAAAGUCCAUCUAUCUAUUAUGUACAGGGGCGCCGAAAAGGGGGAGUAAAGGAGACGGAUUCUAGGGGCCCAUGAUGGAGGGGGGCCCAAAGAGGCCCCUAAUGAUGAUGAUGAAAUUAUAAUACAGAAAAAAUAAUGACACUGUGUUGGGGGCGCUGUAAAGAUUAUUUUCAUGGGGCCCAAAAUCCCUAGCGGCGCCCCAGAUUAUGUACCGCUUGUCCCUUCAUUGAUAAAAAAAAGUCUGCUUUAGCUCAACCCAGAAAGUUAUUUAGCAACCAAAGUCACACUAUUAAAACAGUACUCCUCAUAUGGGUGGAAGGAAUUUUAAGACAGCUAAUUUGAGAUAUUAGUGCGAUAUGACAUAAAACGGAAUAAUUUGCUUAUCUGUGAUCUGUGAUCAGGGUAUGAAUCCAAGUAGACGUGUGAGUCACAGGAAUGUUUCCUUUUGCUUGACUAGGUAAUUUUGUAAGUGAGGUGUAUUGUGAAUUCACUUUCUUGACACGCUACUUUUAGGAUGCAUCAUCUAUUGUGUCCUAACUAAAGGUCUUGAUCGUGCUCAUGAUAAAUCUUGAUUGUCAUUCUGACAGAACAGGGACAGAUAUACACUUUCUUUCCAGUAUUAAUGAUUUGACUUAGUUUUUCUAGUGCCAUGUAGCUGAAACAAGACUGAAACUGAAAUCAAUACUGAAACAAAAUGGUUAUUUUCUGGGCACAGGUGUGAGCAGAACAAACUGCAUAAAGAGUGAUUCACGAGGGAGGUGUUGACUGAACACAACUAAACAUCCAUUAGGUGUGUCCAAAAAAAAAAAAAAAAAAAAGGAUUUAAUAGCUAUUUGUAUUUGUAACAAUUCUAUAUCCAUCCAUCUAUCCAUUUUCUACCACUUGUCCCUUUCGGGGUCAUGAGGGGUGCUGGAGCCUAUCCCAGCUGCAAUUGGGGCGGAAGGCGGGGUGUCGUCAGCAUCCUUCCGGGGUAGAUUCUAAGGGGGGGGGGGGGGGGGUCUCAACAGCCACUGGAGUGACCUCUCCAGUGGAUCUAAAUGGCCUGGGCAUGGAACUAUGGAGGGCAAGCUGUUGUCCAGGCAGCAAGACCCCCCUCUCCGCGUGGCUGGUGGGUCCAAGCAGAGCCGGCCCAAGCCAUAAGCGUACUAAGCGCUUGCUUAGGGCCCCGCGGCCACCAGGGUGUCCCCAAAAGCAAUUAACAAAAAAUUCUUAUUUUUUAUUUUUUGCAUGUACGAGUCUGACUGAUGAUUUCUAAAUGAUCAAAGAUAUAUUAUUGUACAAAAACACAAUUUUAGGUCAACAGAGUGCUGCUGCUGAUCUAGGCCUAGUGAUUCUUCCUGCCUCUCUUUAAAUGUAAAGCUGCCUCUGCUGCACCUGUGACGUUUGCCGCCCGCCGUGCAAUGCCAGUGCGCACUGGGCAUCAAAAGCGCAGAUAGAGGCAAAACAAUGUCACAAAAAAGGACAUAUCCUUCAGGUGCAGAAAAAAGGAAGAAGAAGAAAGUGGAAGAGGAGAAAAAAUGCCAUGAUAAAGGUAUGUUUGCAUGACUUGGUAAUAAAAAGUUUAUCAAAGAGAUUUGUAGCUGUAAUUAGCUUUAGUUAGGUGACGUUAGCUAGCUAGCGCGGUGCUAGCAAUAUGUUUUUAGCAUCAGGUUACUAGUGAGAUAUGUUGUUUGCACAAAUUGUUUGCAGCAGAGCACGGUAAUUUAUGUGAGUAAAAUAAACAUUAUUUUUUACAUCAACUCAUAAGUUAUGUGAAACUUCCCCAGGAGCAUUGUUAAAAUACUUUGGAGGCACAGAAUCAGCCCAGAGCCAGUUCACAUCCUCAGGCUCAACUGUGAGUGAUGAAUCAGGUCCAUCUCCAUCUUCUACAGUGCUCUCUCACACACCUCCAUCCUCUGUGCCCACUGUCCCCUCCAUGUCUAAAACCACAGCUGAUUUAUCUAGUAAGUUAACUGCAAAACACCCUUUAUAAUUGCUCAUUGUACUGCAGAACAUUCUGAGAUUAAUAAUUAUGUCCAACAGUGCAAUUUAAUGACCUUAUAGGUCCUUCUUUUUUAGUCAUUGUCUUUCUUUGGUCACUUCCUCAGCAACUUCCACCACAACGUCCCCUUCACACCAUGGACCAUCAUCGCUCCGCCAGUUGACCCAGCUGAGUGGCCUUCUUUCCUCUCAGAUUCAGACAGGACUGAGCAGGGGGUAUAAAUCGUGCCGGGCCAGCGGUGCCAACAUUCUUGCGCAACCCAACGAUGAUCCAGCCUCACUUGGACAUGAAGCCCUUCUUGCCGUUUCCCAUGGAGACUCCUCCUCCGCACAGCUUCAACCUCUUCCACAACUUCAACACAAUGGACCCAGUCCAGAAGGCUGUGAUCAACCACACCUUCGGAGUUCCACUGGUCAAGACCAAGCGUCCGGUCAUUUCCUGUAACGUCUGUUCAAUCCGUUUCAACUCAGAGAGCCAAGCAGAAUCCCACUACAAAGGAAACCGCCAUGCCAGGAGAGUCAAAGGCAUUGAGACCUCUAAGAGUCGUCAAGAUGGGGACAAGCCCUCACAGACUGUGACCCCCACCACCUCCCCAUCCCCUCCAGGAGCCCAGGGCGCUGCCAUUGAUGGUGAGCCCAGCAACCAAGAUGAAACACAGGAUCUGUCACUGGUAAACGGGCCCCUGCUGGCCCCGGGACCUUUGCCCCCUCUGACCACACCACCUACCCCACCAAUGGACUCCCCAUCCUUGUGCCCCCUCCUGGCCACGUCCAGCCCUUCCUCCUCGCCAGACUGCAGCCUCCCCAACUCAGAGCAGCCCCCGGAGUCAGGGGCCACGGGCAGCCCACCCGGCCCAGAGACGGAGGAAGACAAAGCAAAGAAGCUGCUUUACUGCUCCUUGUGCAAGGUGGCUGUCAAUUCCUUGUCACAACUGGAAGCUCACAACAAAGGUACCAAACACAAAACCAUCUUGGAGGCGCGGAGCGGGCUGGGCCCCAUCAAAUCAUAUCCACGCCUGGGCCCCAAGCCCAGUGGAGAGCAGGGAAGUGGGCCGGUGGACCCAAACACUCAGGAAAGAACCUUCCACUGUGAGAUCUGCAAUGUGCGGGUCAAUUCUGAACAGCAGCUCAAACAGCACAUAUCAAGUCGAAGGCACCGGGAUGGCAUGGCAGGCAAGCCAAACCCUCUCCUCAGCCGGCACAAGAAGCACAGGGGAGUUGAUCUAACGCCCUCUCUGAACUUCUCCAAGGAUCUCACCAAAGCUUUGGGGGCAGGCCUGCUGCCCAGCCCCUUGGCUCUUGCUGCGGCAAUGGCUGCCGCCGCUUCCAGGAACCCACUGGCUCUCCGUGCGGCACCUCCCACGCACCACCACCCGCACCACCACCUGCUGCAAGGACCGCCUCUAAGCCACGCCAUCCUGAGACCCGCCCCUGGGCCCAUACGCACCGCCCAUGGGCCCAUCCUCUUCUCCCCUUACUGACAUAUCACACCAUCUGACUUGGGACUGGUUGGGAUCAGCCUCUCCAAAAGCACACUGUGAAGAUACAAACAUGAUCCACAGACCGCAACUGAUCCAAGCUUAUUUAAACAUGUCCUGGGGGAGGAAAGAAGGAGAACUUCAAGUCUCUCGUAUUUCCCUUUACCUGAAACCCUUUCUCCAUUUCAAAGACUUGCGAGUGACCUGCAGAUGGAACGGGCAGAGAGGAGAUAUUCAUUAUCCAUUGAACUUGUACAUCCUGUCGCUGUAGCCAGACAUGGUUGCUUGAAGAGCUACAGAAGACACACCAUCCAAACCACAUGGACCAUAUCAUCAUUCUUCUGCCAUCAUAAAGCAUCAAUGUGCUCUUCUCAUCCUAUGCACUUAAAAAAACAAACAAAGACAGUGAUGUUUUUUCAGUAGUGUAGCUUUGUGUGCACCACAUGUACUAAUGGUGGUAGGAAGUAGUGCAUAUGACCCACAACAAUGUAAGUAAUAUUUGCAGACAGGCAGGUGGAGAACUCUCUUGUGAGAAGGUGAGGUGAGAAGAGUGUUAGCAUGGGUCAUUGGAUGGUUGCAUGCAGAAACACACACAAAUCUAUGUUUUAAAAUAGAUUGCAGUGAAAAAAAAAAAAGUAUUUCCACCGGGCAGAUCUGCAAACCUCAGUAUCAGUCAAAGAAAGGAAGCCUCAGCAAGGCCCGAAACGAGAGCAGUUUGGGACAUAUAGGAGAACUAUCUGUGUUUAUAUGACGCUGGUUGACUUCUAUAAGAACAUACAUGUUGAGCUUGUACACUGUAUUAAUAUGAUUGCUUCAGAAGUAGAAAACAACCAGUUUUUUUAAGUGCAGUAAAAAUAUCCCUUAUUUUCACACUAAUGGCCAAAUGGUUUUUGACUGUAUGCUAUUUAGGUUAUCAAAUGCAUUUGGUAGUGCAUAGUGUACUAAGCAUUCAAGAUACCUAAGAAUAGGGGUGUCCCGAUCCAACUUUUAGACUUCCGAUACAACACCGAUGUGGGAGCUUUGAGUACUGGCCGAUUAUCAGAUAUGAUAUCAGCACAAAUCAUUCAUACAUGUGUUGUUUUGUUGUGUGGAAUGUUAGAACAUGUUUGAUCACGUUUAAUUACCGUAUUUUUCGGAGUAUAAGUUGCACCGGAGUAUAAGUCGCACCUGCCGAAAAUGCAUAAUAAAAAAGGAAAAAAACAUACAUAAGUCGCACUGGAGCUCGGCCAAACUAUGAAAAAAACUGCGACUUAUAGUCCGAAAAAUACGGUACUCAGUUGAAUUACUCAAAUAGAGAACAAUGGUAGGUAUGAAAAACACUAACCAUAUGACAGACUUACAGUAGGAAAUGGAUUCAUAUGGCCCCAUUCGUGGGUGGAUCUCGGGUGUGAGGAAGGUGGGGGGGUUAAUCAUUUUGCCAUACAGUCUGCUGAAAAUGAUGGAAAGCGCCGCUCUCCAUAGCAACUGACACUGCGGUCAAAGUUGGUAAUUGCCACAAAACACAUUUUAAGAUAUUCACCACUCCCCUGCCGUCUGGGGGCUUAAGUGGAUAGUGCACCUUCCAAUUUGUCACGUUUCAUGUGUCAGGUAGACCUUGAAGAAUGAAUCCCCUUCCUAUUGUAUGCUCUCUUUAAGUUGAAGUGGAGGGGUAAUUUGUUUUUUAGUAACACCUAGUGGCAACAAUAAUCAAUUUCAGGUUUUGAUGCAGUCAAUUGAAUGAUGUGGACACGUUUGUUACUGGAUACUUUUUAAUACACUUCUACCAUGGAGAAUUUGUAUCUAAGUAAAACAAUAAGUAUUUGAUAAUUGUUUAUAUUGACAAAUGUGGUGUUUUAGACUGCUAUAUUGUUCAUUCAGUCUUUGAAGGACACUAAUUACGUAUGUCUAGCUUUUACGCUAAUGUGUGCUUAGCUGUUGUGUAGAUGCUUGCCCUUAGUAGCCUACUAUAUAGCCUACCAUGUUUACCUUUUCAAGAUUCAAGAGUCUUUUUAGUCAUUUUGCAAACACAAUGACAUUUUCAGUGAGGCUCUCAAUAAAUGGAAAAGUUAAAAUAAUGACACAAAAUAUUUUAAAAAAAACACUCUCCAAGUACAAAAUGGAAAAUGGAAAAAAUAUUUAAGUGACUUUACUGAAAUACUAGAAAAUACCAACAUUGUGUGCUUAUUGGAAGACAUUUAGCUGUUGGCUUUGCACAAGUAAACAAGCUACAGGACACUGACACCAAUAUCGGAUCGGGACACCCCUACCUAAAAUACUUUCCUAUGUGUUUACGUUCCAUUUGUGGUUCUAUGGUUAUUAUAAUUUCCCUAUUUACAGUAACUGGUGUCCUUUUGUGGUGGUCUCACACAAAGUUUACACUUUCGAGGCAUAUUUUUCCAGAAGUAUUUGUUUAUAGCUACUCCCUGUCAUGCGACUUCAAAUGUUCCACUGUCCUGUGAGUGCCGUAUUAGCGCCAUGAUCACUGCAAAUACUACACAUUAGGGAGAGUUCACAUCGGGCUUCCACGCAGCAAAAACCUGUCACUAACCUCACAUGAACCCAGGUGUUCAAUCAUUGAUUCACACUGUGGGUGGUGCAGCUCCACUGUGUGUGCGCUAACGUAACCAAGCUGUUUCUGUGUGCAACCUCACAUCUGGGUCCUGCAGGGUCGAACUUUUGUAUGACGCCGUUAUCUGUUCCAGCGCUUUCACAUUCACUCGCUCCUCACCUUCCUGUCAAAGUGCACAAAGGCUGCAUUCACACUGCAGGGUAUGACGAUAGCCCAUAAUGAUUUUUUUUAUUGAAUCAUUACCCAAAAACUUCAAUGUGUGGCUAAACUGAACGGAAAGUGUCACAGCGAUGGGAAAUUAAGUUCUACUAUGUUUUAAUAACGUCUAAAGCUGGUUCUCAAAUUUUUUCCCCAAGUACCACCUCAAAAACACUUGGCUCUCCAAGUGCAACCAUAAUGACCAACAUACAAAUACAGUGGUGUAGUAGGCCUAACUAUUCAUUAAAAACAAGGCAGAGGUUUUAUUUAGCAAGUAUAUUUAAUAUGUUUGGCCACUGUAACAUUACACAGUUUGAACAGUAACACCGUGUUUGAAUAUUUAAUUAAGUGAUUAUUUAGCAUAUCACUAGAUAGAGCCACAGUUUGAGAAUCCCUGUUCUAAAAUAUCAUAUUUUUGCCACUGACGUUUUUCUGCGACUUUGUCCACAAUCUACUUUUGCACCCUGAUCGUUCAGACUGCUAUCACAUCAGAUCCAU